ACAAUAUAACAUUUCAUAUUAUUAUUACAACACAUAUCUAUUGUUAUAAUUUUUUUCAAAAAUCAAUAAUAAUUAAAAUGAUUUUUUGUAUUUGUAAAUUAUUGAUACUUUAUCAAUUUUUUAAUAUUUUAGGUAUUGACGGAGGAAGUACUCAGUGCGAAGACGACAAACAGUGGUCGCUAAGAAAGGAUCAAUCUGUAUUAGACCCAUAUGUAGCAACACUAACUGAAGCUGGAUUCACUGGCAACCAAAAUGACAAAUUUAAGGAGUAUGACGGCGACAACGAAACUGCGAUUGAAUACUUGGCAUUUUUAAACAAAACAAAUUUCGUAUCAGAUGAUUACAGGAAGAUGUUUGCCGUACAAAAAGUUGAUUUUCCUAAAUUAGAUUGGACUAAAAGUACUCCGGAAGAAUGAUAAUUUUACAAAUACACUUAGGGACAUUAAUAGAUUGACAUUUAUACAAGAUGUUUUAAAUAAACUUUACUCUAAAAUCAAUUAUGACAUGUAUAAAAAAUAUAUCUUAAAUAUAAUGAUGUCAAUGAUUUUCAUAAUGUAAAUUGUAUGCUGAUUAACUAAUUCAUAAACGAGUUAUUACAAUAACCAUUAAAUAUUACUUGGUAUAAUAAAUUAUUAAUUUAUAGAAAUA